CCGCGCGCUCACGCCAGAGCUCGUGUUGAGCCGGAGAGUCGAGGCAGAAGCAUCCAAACGCGCCAGGACCAGGAGGAGAGAAUCCCGCUGAAGAAAGAGAAGAAGAAGGAAAAAACAGAGGAAGAUGGGAGGAACGUGUUGAAAAAACAGCGGAGGGAGGAUACUAGCAGCUGUUAUCGCUUCACGGGAAGGUCAUUAAUGGAAACAGAAGCAGUGCGCAGACUGGACGGAUAUUUGGACAUACCCGCCUGCAAGUGAAGACCCCGCAACAGUGAAACAUUGUCCCGGCUUUUUUUUUUAAUCCCACAGAGCAAGGCAUGGGGGGAUUUACGUCUCGACAAGACAGCACGGGAUAGAAGACCUGUCGAGGACGUUGAAAAAGGACCUCGCUGCAGAGAGGGAGUGCUUAUUUCAGACUGUUUCUCCUCGACUGUAGGCCGGCAGGCUCCACUAUCCCAGCUGAUGACUGUCCCUCGGUUGUUUGGACUGCAGGGCUGAGCGGGAGGCCUGUGUGUGUGUGUGUUUGCUGAGGAGGGAGCCCCAGCGUGUAUGUUGGUCGCUUGCAGUCGCACACACUCGCAAGGACCAUGUGGUUUUCCCCGAGGAGAAGUCGUCUCCCCUCGCAGAACUGGCACAGUGCCCACAGUUGCACCGAUUUCAGCGUGUCCUUGUGGGUAUUAAGCUUUUGUUGCUGCUUUGUGGCCGUCAGAGGUCAGAACUACCACCCCACUGUGAACACGCAGUACGGGAAACUUCGAGGGGUGAGGGUGCCCCUGCCUAGUGAGAUUUUAGGCCCGGUGGAUCAGUAUCUCGGGGUCCCUUAUGCAGCCUCCCCGGUGGGAGAAAAACGCUUCAUGCCCCCUGAGCCUCCUUCCUCCUGGUCGGGGAUCAAGAAUGCCACUCACUUUGCUCCCGUGUGCCCGCAAAAUAUUCACAACGCUGUGCCAGAGAUUAUGAUGCCAAUAUGGUUUACCUUCAACCUGGAUAUAGUAACAACAUACAUACAGGAUCAACACGAGGAUUGUCUUUAUCUAAACAUCUAUGUUCCCACUGAGGAUGUCAAAAGAAUAUCCAAGGAAUGUGCCAGGAAACCCAACAAGAAAAUGUGUAGAAAAGGAGGGGCCCAUGCAAAAAAACAGGGCGAGGAUUUAUCGGAUAACGACGGUGAUGAAGAUGAAGGUAUUUUCCACGACAUACGAGACACCGGGGCCAAGCCUGUGAUGGUCUACAUCCACGGAGGAUCCUACAUGGAGGGGACGGGCAACAUGAUCGAUGGGAGCGUGCUGGCCAGCUACGGAAAUGUCAUCGUUAUCACUCUCAACUACCGUGUCGGAGUCCUGGGUUUCCUCAGUACUGGUGACCAGGCUGCUAAAGGGAACUACGGGCUCCUUGACCAGAUCCAGGCUCUAAGGUGGAUCAGCGAGAACAUCGGCUUCUUCGGAGGAGACUCCAACCGCAUCACUGUGUUCGGUUCUGGGAUCGGCGCUUCCUGUGUCAGCCUGCUCACCCUCUCCCACCACUCUGAAGGUCUCUUCCACAGAGCCAUCAUUCAAAGCGGCUCAGCCCUCUCCAGCUGGGCGGUGAACUACCAGCCAGUCAAGUACACACGUCUCCUGGCAGAGAAGGUGGGCUGUAACGUCCUGGACACCUUGGACAUGGUGGACUGUCUGAGGAAGAAGAGCUCCAGGGAGCUAGUGGAGCAGGACAUACAACCAGCGAGGUACCACGUUGCCUUCGGACCCGUUAUCGACGGUGAUGUCAUCCCCGAUGACCCUGAGAUCCUGAUGGAGCAGGGUGAGUUCCUCAACUACGACAUCAUGCUGGGGGUCAAUCAGGGUGAGGGGCUGCGCUUUGUGGAGAAUGUGGUGGAUUCAGAGGACGGCGUGUCUGGUAAUGACUUUGACUUCUCCGUGUCGGACUUUGUGGACAGUCUGUAUGGUUACCCGGAGGGCAAGGACACGCUGAGGGAGACCAUUAAGUUUAUGUACACAGACUGGGCAGACAGAGACAAUCCAGAGACCAGGCGUAAAACCCUGGUGGCUCUUUUCACUGACCAUCAGUGGGUGGAACCUUCUGUGGUGACGGCUGAUCUCCACGCUCGCUACGGCUCUCCCACCUACUUCUACGCCUUCUACCACCACUGCCAGAGCCUGAUGAAGCCAGCCUGGUCGGAUGCCGCCCACGGAGAUGAGGUGCCCUAUGUGUUUGGAAUUCCUAUGAUCGGCCCAACAGACCUCUUCCCCUGUAACUUCUCCAAGAAUGACGUCAUGCUCAGUGCUGUGGUCAUGACCUAUUGGACCAACUUUGCCAAAACUGGUGAUCCAAACAAACCGGUCCCCCAGGACACAAAGUUCAUCCACACCAAGGCGAACCGCUUCGAGGAGGUGGCCUGGUCUAAGUACAACCCCCAGGACCAGCUGUACCUGCACAUCGGCCUGAAGCCGCGUGUGCGAGACCACUACCGCGCCACCAAAGUGGCCUUCUGGAAACACCUAGUGCCCCACCUGUACAACCUCCACGACAUGUUCCACUACACCUCCACCACCACCAAAGUGCCCCCACCUGAGACCACCCAGAACACCCUGUCCACGAAGAGGCCCAACGGGAAAACCAACUGGCCGUUCAACACCAAGCGGCCCCCCAUGUCGCCAGCCUACAAUAGCGAGGACAAAGACUCGUGGAACGACGACGAGGAGACCGGGCCACUGGUGGUGGAGAACCCGCGGGAUUACUCCACAGAGCUCAGUGUCACCAUUGCUGUCGGAGCCUCGCUGCUGUUCCUCAACGUGUUGGCCUUUGCUGCGCUCUACUACCGUAAGGACAAGCGGCGGCAGGACUCUGGGCACGGGCAGCCCAGCCCACAGCGGCAGACCACCUCCAACGACAUCGGCCACCACGCGCCGGAGGAGGAGAUCAUGUCGCUGCAGAUGAACCAGACGCACCAUGAGUGCGAGGCGGGGAACAGCAAUGAAGGGGCUCUGCGCUUAGCCUCGCUGCCAGACUACACACUCACUCUGCGGCGCUCUCCGGACGACAUCCCCCUCAUGACCCCUAACACCAUCACCAUGAUCCCCAAUUCUUUAGUGGGCAUGCCCAACCUGCACCCUUACAACACUUUUACAUCCGGCUUCAACUCCACCGGCCUGCCACACUCCCACUCAACCACCCGCGUAUAGCUUUAAGGAGGCCAGGGGCCAGCCAGCGCAGGCGGGAGGGAGGAGGAGCUGGAGGAUGAACGAAACGGAGGAGAGGAUUGUGUUUUAUAAAUAUCACAGGGAGGGGGAGGGUUACAGUGGGAGGGGAGGGGAAGGGCAUGAGUCGGAUUAUAACGUGAAGAGAUUUAACUAGACUUUUACUACGGGGAGAGUUGCUGAGAGCUCUCUAUGGAUGUCAAGUUGUGCAGAGCUGCCAAAAUCAAACUGCUUCCCUUCUCCUUAUCAGGGGAGGGGGUCUUUCUGCAGUGUUUUUUUCUAAAGUAAUCAUUUUAAAAGCCUUUUUAAGCAGACUGAGGAGAUAUCAACACUUUUUUUCUUGAAUUCAUAACAAAAACAAAGAGAAGUGCUUUUUAUUUCCCAUCCCUUCCUCCUGCGGGAGACACAUCUCGAACAAUGGCCUCUAUGUCAAUAUUCGCAAAAUGUUUUUAAUUGCUUCUUUGUGUUGUUUUACGUUUCAAUGCCUUACGAAGCUUGUUCUUUUUGUCAUGAUUUCUAUUCCCUGAGACUAUUCCAAGUGGAGUGUGUUACAAGCAGAUGAGACUCAAAGAUGAGAGACUGAAACCAGGAAGAGAACCGAGAGGAUAUGCAGAUGUAGAGAUUUUUUUCAACCCUCUUUGGGCAAACCUUUUUUUUUUUUUCUUCUCUGUUGCGUUACCAACACAACAGCAACACAAAUGGUGUUAUCUUUUUUUUUUUUCAAAUCUCGUAUAGAAAUAAUUUGUCUGGGACAGCUCUUGCCAGGAGACGAGAAGGCAGAGAUAAAUACUAUGUUACUGUGAUUGUUUUGUUAAGAAAAAAGUGCAUCUUUUACAGCCAAUUUCUCUGUUAAGCUAUCUGAUAUUAUCUCAAACACAAAGUGUGCACGUACACAUGCUGCUUAGAGCACCUGUGUGUUUGUGUGCAUGAGAAAAUGAUUUCCAGUUCCCUGCUUGCAGGCGUGGUGAAGAGGCUGAGGUAAAGGAAGAGACAUAUUGUCGGAACUUGCAGAAGCAAGAGUGGUGAGUGAGUGAGACUGUGUGUGUGUGUGUGUGUGUGUGUGUGUGUGUGUGUGUGUGUGUGUGUGUGUGUGUGUGUGUGUGUGUGUGUGUGUGUGUGUGUGUGUGUGUGUGUGUGUGUGUGUGUGAGAGUGUACAAGAGACUGUGUGUGUGUGUGUGUGUGUGUGUGUGUGUGUGAGAGAGAGUGUACAAGAGACUGUGUGUGUGUGUGUGUGUGUGUGUGUGUGUGUGUGUGUGUGUGUGUGUGUGUGUGUGUGUGUGUGUGUGUGUGUGUGUGUGUGUGUGUGUGUGUGUGAGUGUGUGUGUGUGUGAGUGUGUGUGUGUGUGUGUGUGUGUGUGUGUGUGUGUGAGAGUGUGCGUGUGUGUGAGUGUGCUUGUGUGUGUGUGUGUGUGUGUGUGUGUGUGUGUCCGUGCACCUGUUUUUUUUUUUUUGUUUUUUUUUGUAGGUUGUAUAAUGUAGUUUCGGGGGGGGUGGGGGCUGAGUAAUUUCUCAUGUUGUUGAUUUUGGUUCACCACCAGUAGUGUUUCUGCUGCGUCUCUGGGUGUCUGUCUUUGCGAAAUAGCACUUUUGUUAUUUUCAAAGUUAUAUAUGUCUAAUUUUGCUUAAAAUAAAUAAAAUCUAUUAUUUUACGUGUAAGAGAAAAAAAAAUAGCUAAAGAUUCAACUGAAAACUAACUGACAUGAUUCCAUUGACUUUGUAAGAGUUCCUCUUCAAAAGCAGACAGUGGCUUGUUUGCACUGAUAAACCUGUCAGUGCCCACUUGUAUUUCUUUAAAUAUAUAUAUAUAAAUAUGGGCAUACAUACAUAUAUGUAUAGGGCUUCUAUGGAGAUAUCAUCCCCACAUAAAAAAAAAUAUUAAAAAACUGUUCAGACUACAAAACAGAAACAAAAAUGAAUUCUAUGUAUUGUCAUCACACAAAACAUCCUAAGCCAAGACUGCCCCGGUGUCUCUGUAAGAACUCUAUAUGUAUAUUUAUGUACAAAAUAUUUAAUAUUUAUUUAUGUAUACCAGAUGCAUACAUGCUGAUUGUGCCAUGUGCCAAAUUAAAACUGUAAAAAAUGAAGAAUAUAAAGUUUCACAAAACUUU